GCGUAACCUGUCCCCCGGGAUCCCCCCGGCGCUCACGUCGGGUAGGUCUUCGACCAGGACGGCACGCCGCGCCGCGUCGACGUCGAGAUGCUCCUCGCGGCGCACCAGCCGGCCGCGUGCUCGCCGGCCGGCGCCGGCUACACGGACACGCCGCCGCCGCUGCCGCCGCGCGCAGAGUGCGCGCGCUUGAGGAGGGAGUACGCUGUCCAGCCGGGAGUCUCGUGGGGCGGCCUUCCGGCGCCGCUCGAGCCGCGCUGGCGGGAGCUCGGCUGCGACUCGCUCGCGGCGGACGCGCCGGAGGAGGCGCCCAGCCGGACCAAGCGCCGCGCCGCCGGCGGAGCGCCCAGGAAGCGAGGCCGAAAAAGGCGCGCCGCGGACACUUAGGGCGGGCAACAGGUAGUGGUCCGGCGGUGGAGUUGUAAUAGCAGUUGUUCUACGACGCGUGCAGCGUCGCACACACUGCACACAAAUCAACUACUCGAAAACCUCCUGCGGGCGGGCGGGGGGGGAGGGGGGGGCGAGGGUAAGGUAAGGUUAGGACUUACUCUAGGUAAGGUACGCGGUACUCUAGGUAAACUUCUCCCCCGACACACAGGAGGUGGUGGGUGUGUGUUCUCGAGGUUCUCGAGGUGGAUAUCCUUUGGCCGCGUUGGGUAGCGAGGAUUGGUGUAACCCG